AUGCCCCCGCCAACGCCAGACCGCGCCAUCCACGAUUGCACCUGCGUCAUCCUUCCGCUGGCCACGGUCUUCGUUCUCAUCAUCUUCACCGUCAUCGCCCUCGUCUACAGCAUCGGCGUAAAGGCGCCCAUCCCCGAGAACCUGGCCAUCUCCUUCGCCGGUGUCGUCUGCGCUCUCUUGGGGCUCUGGAUGGUCGGGCACCUGGUCCGCUACUGCCGGGGCCACACACGGUGCGUCGCCGAGGCCGUGACACCCCCUCCGCUGCCGCUGACGGGCAUCGCCACGACGGUGACGGCGCCGUUGGUGCCGCAGGUCGGGGUUACCAGCAGCAGAAUCAACCGACUCAGACUCAGCCAGGCCAGCAGAGCCAGCAGAGUCAGUAUACUGCGCAGAAUCAACAUCAGGAGCGUCAGGAGCAUCAUCACCAGCAGCACCAUCAACGGGAAUACCGUCACCAACAGCAGCAGCAGCGUCAUCAUCAAUACCAGCAACCCCCGCAAGAACCUCCCACGCUGUCUCACAUACGGCCACAGCCGCCACCGCAGAGCCGGACUGAACAUGAAGAACAGCCGCAACGAGAACAACAACAGCCGCAGCAACAUUCUUUUCAUCAGCAACGAGAGCAACGGCCGCCUGCCCCUCUCAAAUUCAGGCCUCUAG